GUGGAGAGUGAUGAAAAGAAUUAUGAUGCUAGUAAAUGAUUAACAAAUGAAUACUGUCUUAAGUUUCCUACCAACUUUCCUUAGCCGGGCCUCAGACAGUGACUGCGGGGUGCAGCAGGAGGCGCUAACUCUCCCCUACCUGCUGUUUGUCGCGCUGAACAUUGGCCCGGCGCUUGUGGCUGCCUUCCUCGGCUCUUAUGUGGAGCCCGUGGCUGCCGGCAGUGGCAUCCCGCAGGUCAAGUGUUACCUGAAUGGCGCCAAGGUGUCCCGUGUGGUGAGGAUCAAGACCCUGAUGAGCAAGGCCGUGGGGGUGACCUUCUCUGUGCUGGGAGGCCGGGUCGUGGGAAAGGUCAGGUCGUGGGCAAGGUCUGUGGCCGUGAGCUGACCACCAAGAUGCUGCUGCCCACGGUGCCGGCCAUGGCCAAGGGCAGGGUGGCCAGGACUACAGAUGAUGGGCCACUCCUAGACAAAGAGGACCUGGACACACUGUUCUGCGGCACCAGCAGCAGCAGCCUGCACAUCCAUGGCCUGCAGGAGGAGGACGAGGGGACGUACAGGUGCUGGGCGGAGAACAGGGACCUGGACACACUGUUCUGCGGCACCAGCAGCAGCAGCCUGCACAUCCAUGGCCUGCAGGAGGAGGACGAGGGGACGUACAGGUGCUGGGCGGAGAACAGGGAGGACUCGCUCGACGCCGUGGCCCACAUACAGGUCCAAGUUGCUCCGAGGUUUCUGAGGCAGCCGGCCAACGCUCUCGCCUAUGAGAAGGAGAACGUGGAGCUGGAGUGCAGCGUGUACGGCCAGCCAGAGCCCUCGCUCCACUGGCUCAAGAACGGCGAGCUGCUGGUGGAGACGGAAUACCUUCAGAGUGUGAGCGGCAACAACCUGCAGAUCCUUGGCCUGGUGCGCCAGGAGGACUCCGGCGCACAGCUCGCCGGGGACGCCCAGCUGUGUGUCCUUGAGUCAAGUAAGUGGCGGUGCCGUGCGGGGCAGACACUGUUCACACUGUAG